AUCUUUCACUUUAAAAAACAAACCUCAAACCAAAACUCACCAACUCAGGCCUCACACAAACUCUGAGAUAAAAAAUUGCUCGUUUUUAGUUAAUUUCUGAAAUGGAUACUCCACCAUCUCCUCCUCCCAAUCCUCCUUCACUGACGAAGCAGGAAGAUGAGUACCUGGACACCAGUGAGGAGGAACUGGCCCAGAAUCAAACUCGUCGUGAAUCUGUGCAUUAUGCCACAAUUGCCGAGUUUUUGGCCAGUCUCAAGAGUGUCCAGGAGAAGGCACCCUGUCUGGAGGACUAUCUGGGAGCUGUCAGAUAUCCAGUGCAAGAGUCACCCGGUGAUGGAGAUCCUGUUAAGGAGAGCCGGGAUCAGGCCAAGGACUAAGAUGAUAUCGAAAAACUUGCACCUUCACUAUAUUACGUUCUUGGUGAAUAGUAUUUAACUUAAUUAAAAGAAAGUUUAAGAAUUCAA